AUGUCGCUUUGGGAUCCCGAGGCAGCCGGAAACGCCGCCCAAUGGCUCCGUCUUCCCGACACCACCAUGUUGGAGAUCCGAAACCAGCCCUUCGAGGGUGCCAAGCAGGUCUGGGUCCCAUUCUCCGAGACUGGCUACGUCAAGGGUCUCGUCGUCGGCAAGGGUGACAAGCCCGGCACCACCAAGGUCCGACGAUUGAACGACAACAAGGAGAAGGACUUCAAGGACGAAAACGUCGAGAAGCAGAACCCUCCAAAGUACGAACUUUUGGAAGAUUUGGCCAACAUGACCUAUCUCUCCGAAGCCGCCGUCGUCUACAACUUGGACGAGCGAUACCGACGAUUCAUGAUCUACACCUACUCCGGUCUCUUCUGUAUCACCGUCAACCCCUACAAGUGGCUCUCCGUGUACGACAACCACGUCGUCGGUUGCUACAAGGGCAAGAGAAAGUCCGAAAUGCCUCCCCAUAUCUUCUCCAUUUCCGAUAACGCUUACAACGAUAUGUUGCGAGAGCGACACAACCAGUCCAUGUUGAUUACUGGUGAGUCUGGUGCUGGUAAAACUGUCAACACCAAGCGAGUCAUCCAGUACUUCGCCGUCGUCGCCGCCCUCGGCUCCGGUGGCAAAGACGGUGACGAUGGUGCUCCCGCUCUCAAGGGUGGUGGAACCCUCGAAGAUCAGAUUGUCGCUGCCAACCCUGCUAUGGAGGCCUUCGACGCCGCCGAAGCCGCCAAGAAGGGUGGCGGAGGAAAAGGUGGUAAGCGACAGAAGGGUGGUUCUUUCCAGACUGUCUCUGGUCUCCAUCGAGAAUCUCUCGGUCGAUUAAUGGCUAACCUUCGAUCCACCCAGCCCCACUUUGUCCGUUGCAUUGUCCCCAACGAAAUCAAAAGCCAGGACACAUGGACUGGAACUUGGUCCUCCAUCAGCUCCGAUGUAACGGUGUGUUGGAAGUACGAAGAAUUCGCCAAGCGAUACGUCAUCCUCCACGCUGAAGCCAAGAAGGACGAGGAAUUCUGCGACUGGAAGGCCAUGUCCAAGGAAAUCUGCGCUGGUAUUCAGCUUUCCGAUGCCAAGCACAAGUUCGGUCACACCAAGCUUUUCUUCAAGGCCGGUGUUAUUGGUGACCUUGAGGAUGAGCGAGAUGAGAAAAUCGCUGCUAUUCUUACUUCUCUCCAGUCUUACAUGCGAUACCGAUUGGCUGAGCGAACUUACGCUGAGAUGAUCAAGCGACGAGACUCGAUCGAAAUCAUCCAGGGCAACAUCCGAGCCUUCCAGUACUUGAAGGAUUGGGAAUGGAUGAAGAUCAUCUACAAGAUCAAGCCCCUUAUCUCCCAGGCCGAAGAAGGCAAGAAGAUGCAGGAGCUCGAGAAGAACUACGAAGAGGUCAAGAAGCAGCUCGAAAAGGAGAAGAAGCGACGAGCCGAACUCGAAGAGCAGUCCGUCUCCCUUGAACAGGAGCGAAACGAGCUCACCCAGAAGGCCGAAGCUCAGAACGCCCUUCUCGACGACGCCGAGGGUCGAUGCGAAGAACUCAUCGCUGCCAAGAUUGAGCUUGAUGCCAAGAUCCGAGAUCUCCAGGAGAAACUCGAAGACGAGGAAGAGAUGAACAACGAGCUCGUUGCCAAGAAGCGAAAGCUCGAAGAUGAAUCUUCUGAACUCAAGAAGGACAUCGACGAUCUCGAACUUACCCUUGCCAAGAUCGAGAAAGAAAAGCACGCUACUGAGAACAAGUCCAAGAACGUCACCGAGGAGCUUGCCUCCAUCUCCGAGAACAUUCACAAGCUCGAAAAGGAAAAGAAGGCCCUCCAGGAAGCACACAAGCAGACUCUUGGAGAUCUCCAGAGCGAAGAAGAGAAGGUCGUCAAUCUUACCAAAUCCAAGGGAAAACUCGAGCAGCAGGUCGAUGAUCUCGAAAUCGGCCUCGAAGCCGAAAAGAAGGCCCGAAUGGAUCUUGAGCGAGCCAAGAGAAAGCUCGAAGGUGAUAUCCGACUUUCCCAAGAGCAGAUCAUGGAUCUCGAGAACGACAAGGCCGGUCAGGAGGAAUCCUUGAAGAAGUCUGAAUUCGACUAUUCUCAGCUCAAUGCCAAGCUUGAGGACGAACAGGCUCUUGCUGGUCAGCUCCAGAAGAAAAUCAAGGAGCUUCAGGGACGAACUGAAGAAGUCGAGGAGGAACUCGAAUCCGAGCGAGGCGGCCGAGCUCGAUCUGAAAAGACCCGAGCUGAUCUUUCCCGAGAACUCGAAGAGCUCGCUGAGCGACUCGAAGAAGCCGGUUCCAACACUCAGGCUCAGAUCGAAAUCUCCAAGCGACGAGACGCUGAAGCUGCCAAGGUCCGACGAGAGCUUGAGGAAGCCACUCUCAAUCACGAGUCCUCUCUUUCCAACAUCCGAAAGAAGCAGACCGACCAGAACACUUCUCUCUCUGAGCAGAUUGAAAACCUUAACCGAAUCAAGCAGAAGCUCGAGAAGGAAAAGUCUGAGGCCAAGAUGGAAGUCGACGAGCUCCACGUCAACGUCGAGUCCCUUACCAAAUCCAAGCUCAACUACGAGAAGCAGACUCGUAACCUCGAGGACAACAUUGCUGAUCUCAAGAUGAAGCUUGAGGAAGGUGCCUCUGUUCUCUCUGACUCCAACAACGAGAACAACCGACUCCAGAUGGAGAUCAACGACUUCCGACGACACAUUGAAGAGAAGGAUACCGUCAACUCCCAGCUCGUCCGAAACAAGAACUCCUUGUCUCAGACUCACGAUGAGCUCAAGCGACAGCACGACGAAGAGUCCAAGGCCAAGAACUCUCUCUCUCACCAGCUCCAGUCUCAGCGACACGACACUGACAUGCUCCGAGAGCAGAUGGAAGAGGAACAGGAAUCCAAGCAGGAGCUCCAGCGAAACCUCACCAAGUCUAACAAUGAAUGCGUCCAGUGGCGAAACAAGUACGAGACCGACGCCAUCCAGCGAACUGAGGAGCUCGAAGAGGCCAAGAAGAAGCUCGUUGCUCGACUCCAGGAGUCUGAAGAGCAGGUCGAAGCCGCCCAGGGCCGAUGUGGAUCUCUUGAGAAGACCAAGACCCGACUCCAGGGUGAAGUUGAAGAUCUCUCCGCUGAUCUUGAGCGAUCCAACUCUGCCGCUGCCCAGUUGGACAAGAAGCAGCGAAACUUCGAUAAGCUCCUUGCUGAAGCCAAGCAGAAGCAGGAGGAAGCCCAGGUCGAGCUUGAGUUCGCCCAGAAGGAAGUCCGAAACCAGCAGACCGAACUCUUCAAGCUCAAGAACUCCACUGAAGAAGCCGUCGACAACCUAGAAGCCAUCCGACGAGAGAACAAGAACCUCGCUGAAGAAGCUCAGGAACUCGUCGAUCAGCUCCAGGAAGGAUCCAAGACCAUCCACGAGCUCGAGAAGACCAAGCGAAUCGCCGACCAGGAGCGAGCUGACAUUCAGUCCUCUCUUGAAGAAGCUGAAGCUGCCAUCGAGUCCGAAGAAGCCAAGACCCUUCGAGUCCAGGUUGAGCUCCAGCAGCUCAAGCAGGAAAUCGACCGACGAUUGGCCGAGAAGGACGAAGAAAUCGACAACGCCCGACGAAACGCUUCCCGAUCUGUUGAGCAGAUCCAGGCUUCUCUUGACAACGAGAUGCGAGCCCGAGGCGAAGCUAUCCGAUCCCGAAAGAAGAUGGAAUCCGAUCUUAACGACCUGGAAGUCAACAUGGCCACUGCCUCUCGACAGGCCCAGGAUGCCCAGAAGAACACCAAGGAUCUCCUUCUUCAGCUCAAGGACUUGAACCAGAAGCUUGAUGAUUCUCAGCGACAGACUGAAGAUCUCCGAGAACAGUCCGCUGUUUCUGAGAGACGAGUUGGUCUCAUGACCUCUGAGAUCGAAGAACUCCGACAAGGACUCGAGCAGGCCGAGCGAACCCGAAAGCAGGCUGAAAACGACCUCAUGGAAGCCAACGAGCGAUCCAACAUGCUCCACACCCAGAACGGUGCUUUCAUCAACCAGAAGCGAAAGAUCGAGGGCGAACUCAACGCCGUCAAGACCGAAGUCGAGGAAGCCAUCGGUGAGGCUCGAUCCGCCGAGGAUGCUGCCAAGAAGGCCUUGACCACCGCUGCCCUUCUCUCUGAAGAUCUCAAGAAGGAGCAGGACCAGUCCCAGCAUCUUGAGCGAAUGAAGAAGAACCAGGAGAACUCGCUCCGAGACCUCCAGUUGCGACUCGACGAAGCCGAGCAGGUCGCCCUCAAGGGUGGCAAGAAGGCCGUCCAGAAGCUCGAAGCCAAGUGCCGAGAAAUCGAAAUGGAACUCGAAGCCGAGCAGCGACGAACCAGCGACAACACCAAGGUCAUGCGAAAACUCGAGCGAAAGUACAAGGAAGCCAACUACGCCAACGAUGAAGACAAGAAGAACCUCAUCCGAUUGUCCGACUCCAUCGACAAGCUCAACUCCAAGACCAAGUCUUACAAGAAGGCCGCCGAGGACGCCACCGAAUCCGCCUCCUCCGCCAUGUCCCGAUUCCGAAAGGUCCAGCACGAACUUGACGAGGCCAACGAGCGAGCCGAAAUGGCCGAAGCCGCCGUCAACAAGGCCCGAUCCAAGGCUCUUGAAUCCAAGUAA